AAAAACAAAAUUAUAACUCUAUUCGUCAAAAAGGAACUAGAACUACUUUUUCCGUCUCAGAUACUUUUAUGCUUUUAAAAAGUAACGAACGUAAACAAGCAUGACAUUAAACUAGCAUCUGCGCAUUACAUCAAAACAACCUCGUAAACUCACCAUACAUUUCCUAUUUCCACCACUCUGUUUAUCAUGUUACACGAUUUUUUAAAAAAUCGAUUUUUUCACAUCCCCAAAAAACAGAGCACAGUCAAAUGCUCACAAAGCAAGUGCAAAAAUAUUUUCGUCAUUUUUUACUCCGAAAUAAUAUAAUUUAAUUUAAUACAAAUAUCGUAAAAUAAUAUUUAAAUCGUUUAUUGUAUUAAAGAAAACGUUAUUUAAUCAUUUCGCAUUAUAGUAAGGCGCAAUAAGUGUCCUUUUUCUUUAAAAGUUGGAUGUUCUCUUAUCAAAGUGUUUACCUACAUGUCUAUCAAGUGUGAAAAGCCACUGAACCAUGUAAUUAACAUUCCAAUGGAAUCCACAUACGGAAUACCAAGUCCGUUUUCUGAUAAGAAUUAACUAUAAUUAAUGAAAUAUUUAUUACUACGAAAAUUAUAUUGCAAUUAAGUAGUAUCCCCCCCGAGUAUCCCUUUGAUUAUUAGAUAGAGAAUAAACCAACCCCCUCAGCCUCCUUCGAAAUGUCGAAACCACCGACAGAUACCUCUGGCCUUGGAUAUUCCUACCACAUGCCAUCUGGCGGACUGUUUCUACGCCUUAAGAGCUCCCUGUCGCAAUUUAGUGAUCUCUUUAGCGAAUUCAACAGGUACAUUGCUCCAGCUUACCAUCAUGACCGAUGUGAGCGAUCCGUUCAUAUGCGUCUGUAUUCUAUGCAUAAACGUGAAUUUGUUAUGGUCUUCCUGGGCUUUUUUACGUGCUUUGGAUUGGGCAUUGUUAUUGGUUUGGCGGGACCGCCUAUAACCAGUACUUCAAAAAUAACAGAUAGAGGCAUCUUAGCUAACACAUCACUAGCCAAUGAUACAAGUAUUCUGGGAACGGGUCCGUUUGCUAUGAAGACACCACUUAUGACGACAUACUCACAGCAGCUGUGGCUAAUUGCCAAGAUUGUCACAGAUAAUAAUGAUGAUGAAACUUAUGACAAAAGUUUUCAAAUUAGUGUCGGUAUCGAAGGUAUUACUUCGAAACAUACUCCUUUGAGUAUUUUAACCGAAGAUAGAGUGAGAAAUCGAACAAGACAUUUGCACUGUGAAAGGAACAUUUGCAAAGAGUUCACAGUAGUUCAUUUGGGAUUUAUUGAUUACGCGCAUUACAUCAUUACAGUAAGAUUCCUUGGAUUGGAAUCGUUUCAUCAGAAGUAUACAAUUAAAGAAAUUACAUUUUAUUUCAAGACAUACAGUCCAGAAUUUACACAAAUUGAAAUUUGGUUUCGUUUUAUAUUUCUGUUGUUUACAUUUAUUGUAAUUAUCUGGUAUGCGCACACACUAAGAAGAUAUCCAGUAAUGGAUUGGUCUAUUGAACAGAAGUGGAUGGCAAUAUUGCUGCCUUUACUUCUCUUUUACGAUAAUCCCUUCUUCCCCGCGAUAUUCUUGUUUAACUCCUGGUUUCCAGGAAUGUUAGAUGCUAUUCUGCAGGCAACUUUUCUUUGUGCUCUGCUAAUGUUUUGGCUUUGUAUUUAUCAUGGACUGCGACAAAACGAAAGACGUUUUAUGCGGUUUUAUCUACCCAAAGUAAUUGUAGUUUUACCUAUUUGGCUGUGUGCUAUUGUUUUAGCAACGUGGGAAAAAUGCAACGAGUUGAGAGAUCCAACAUAUAGUCAUUUCGUAGAUACGAAGAACUAUAAUGGAUUCAAAUUAUUUUUCUACAUUGCCGGUGUAAUGUACAUCAUGUAUUUGUCUUUGUUGGUGCUAAGAGCGUACACAGAAUUACGCUCAAUGCCAUAUUUUGAUAUGCGUCUUAAAUUUUUAACAUUACUUAUGCUAUUCGUCCUAUCGAUAACAAUAACCGUUACAACUUGUCGAUUCGGUUUUGGUAUUUUAGAAGACAAUUUUGUAGCCUCAUUGAACACUACGUAUCACAGUUCAGCACAAUUUAUGUGCUUUUAUGGACUUUUAAAUUUUUAUCUGUACACUAUGGCGUAUGUGUACUCACCGAAUGGACGUGUUUCUUUAGAAUUAUCUGUAACUAAAGAUAAUCCAGCGUUUUCAAUGAUAAACGAUUCAGACGAGGAAGUAGUUUACGGUUCGGAAGACGAAUCAAGGCGACCUUUAAAUGCGGGUGGCAAAAAUGACUAUGAUAGUGACUGAAUUGACUUUAUUAACAUAUUCAAAGCGGAAUAUUUUUGUUUCUUGGAACAUUUCUUCAUUGUUGCAUUGUGAAAAAAAGAGAGAGAGAAAUUCGUUAGGAUAUUUUGAAUAACCUGCAUUUAUGCUAUUUUGCGUGGGUGAUUUUGCUGCUAAUUUGGCGUUUGUUAAAAUAUAACGGCUACCAGACGAGCCAGCUAACGAUAACAAAAAAACAAUAAAAAUAAUGGAAAUUAUGAAGAAAUAAUAAAUAAUGUACAAAACAAUAACAAACUAAAGAACGAAUUGUAUUUAUUUAAAUUAAGUGUAUAGUAAGUUUUUAAAUCACUAGAGUUUCACUCAUUCCUUUAAGGAACAUGUGGAAUUGUGGAGUCAAGCA